AUGGGGUUCGCGGCGAAGGCGAGCCGCGCCCCUCGCCCCACGGCGGCUCGAGCGCGGCGGCGCAUCGCGCGCCCCGCCCGCGCUUCAUCAUCCUCCCCCCUCCAUCCCGGGGCCGGCCACGUCGUCGGCGACUUGCCCUCGUGCGUGGGAUGGGUCCGCCGCCUCGACCGGCGUGGCGUCGCUCGCGAGUUCUACGUCGUGGGCACCGUGCACACGCCGGGGAGCGCGUCCGCAGACGAGGUCCGCUCCGUCAUCGAACGCGUCAAACCCAACGCGGUCGUCCUCGAGCUCGACCAGGAGAGGUUCGACGGCGUGCUCGCCACGUUCAUGCGCGACGAGGACGAGGACGCGAUGAGACGGACGCGAUCCCCAACCCCAUCCCCGUCGUCGUCGUCGUCGUCGACGUCGUCGUCGUCGUCGACGGCCGGCACGUUCGCGCCGCUGUCGCUACCGUACGCGCUCGCAUCGUCCGCGCGCGGCUACGGCGCGGACUUCGUCGCGGGCGCCGCCGCGGCGGAGGCCAUCGGCGCCCUCGUCGUCCUGGGCGACGCCAAGGCGAGAUCGCUCCCGGACGAGCUCCGCGCGAGGAUGACGGACGAUCCGGCGGACCUUCGCCGGGUCCUUCGCUCGCUCGGGUACGUCGCGCGCGCCUUCGGAUCCCGCGGGGAGACGCGAGUGUUGAACACCGACCCAGAAGCGAACGAGACGCUUCUAGAACCACGGUCGAACGAUACGAACGAGUCGGCGCGAACGGUGAGCUUCGCCGCGGCGCUCGCCGAAGACCCGGGGAAGCUCUCGCCGCUCGCCGGCCCGCUCUCUAUCCUAGCGCUCGGCGCCGCCGCGUUCGUUCGCGACCUGGCGGCACCCGGCGGCGUCCACGCGGCGUCCACGUGGAUCCACGCGGCAUCCACGUGGCUCGACGUGGGGCUCACGCUCGUCGCGUUAAUUGCGACGGCGCGAUCCUCGGAGGUGCUCCUCGAGGACCGCGACGGCGUCCUGGCGCGCAGCGCGGCGAGGGCGUCCGCGUGCUGCGACGGGAUGAGGCGCGGGCGGUUGCGUCGGGUGUCGUACGGGUUCACCGCGGACGUCGAGGCGACGGCGACGGCGGCGGAGUCGGCGGGGCCGGGGCCGAGUGGAACGCCGUGCUUCACGCUUCGCUCGCCGCUCGCCGCGGGGGAGACUCGGCGGCUGAACCUGUUCGAACCGAGGUGGCUGAGUUUGAUGGACAGGCUCGCGGCGGAGAACGGGGGCGAGCUGGUGGGCGCCACGUUGGGGUGCAUGCUGGGCGUGAGCAGGCGGUACGUCGCCGAGGAUUGGCUGAGCAGGCGGCGCGGGAACGACGGGAACGCAGCCGCGGUCGAUUCGAUGCGCACAGCCGCGGUCGAUUCGAACGAGAGCGAAGGACGCCCGUCGUACGAACCGGGCGCCGCACCACCAGAAAUCUCUCGCACCACAAGGAGGUCCGCGGACAUCGUCAUCGAGCCGUGGAUGCGACUCGCCAGGGUGACCAAGUGCGAGGAGGGUAAACGAGCGGUGACGGGCGCGAGGAAGCUGGAGGUUUGGAUCGAGGGGCUCGCGGAUGACGAUCCAUCCGGGCCAGGGUUCGUCCCCGCGGUCGCGUCGGUGACGGCGCAUCCCGCGGGGUACCUCUGCGCGCGAACGAGCACGGACCGUACCGGCGGCGGCGGCGAGGGCGAGGAUGUGGUGGAGGAGGAGACGGCGGCGGCGGCGUGGGAGUGGGGGGAGUCGACGGAACGACAAACGGACGAGCCGGUGCGCGUGGUUUGCGUGGUGGGGCUGGCGCACUGCAACGGGGUCGUCGAUCGCCUCUCCGCGAUGGAGCUCGAGCGCUGGCGGUGA